GGAAGUAUCUAUGGCGUUCCUAGCAACUCGAGUGCCAAAUGAGAGAGAAGAAAAGUACCGUGUUUUCAACGUUGAUGUUCCCAUUGUAGUAAUUCAAUGCGAUAUUGUGGAAAUAUUGAUGUCUAGCUACAAAUAAAGAUAUAAGAAGAGCAGCUUGGUAAAGAUUUGAGAGGAUGGACCCCAAAAUAGUGGCCAUAAUGGCCAAGCUGGCGAACAAGGAGAAGGUGAGACAGGUGACGCCAGUUGACCUGGAGGAAGCCGACAAACCCCCUACCAACCUGGAGGAGUACCUGCAGGUGGAGGGAUGGCAUGAUUGGCCGCAUCCCGUGAGUGGGCUGACGCCCUUGAACUUCAACAAAGAAGGAACCUUGCUGGGGUCCCAGGAGGAUAUCGCUGACAUACUCAGGGAGGCAGCUCCCCUGGGUCUGCACAUGCUGGAGAAACUGGAGGACAGGCUCAUGUCUCUGGAGGAGAAGCUAGUGUAUUUUGCAGAGCGUAUCGUCACUGAUAACAAGCGGGAGUCUCGGCUCACAGACAGGCUGUUCCACUCUCCUUCCAGAACAUUUAUGACAGAGGUGUCUGAAUCUGAUGCAGUCAAAUCACACAGCAGUGCUCGAGGACAUAAAAGUAUUGAUUUUGUGGACUCUCUGAUGGAGACUCGGAAGAAGAGUCUGGACUACUGCUGCUUUCCAGGAUUCCGUCAUGGAGAGCUUGUGGAACUUCCGGGACAGCUAGAGGCCCCACCAAUACUCAACCGAGUCACAAACGCUCAGGACUUCAAUUCUGGAUUUAAGAAGUUCUGGAAAAAGUUGUUCCUGUCUGAGGCAUCUGUAGCAGUGAUGCAGGACACGUUCUGGUGGGUGUUCCUGGAUCGCUUCAACACAGAGAAAGGUUUCAAGAAGGACAAGAACCGGCUGUUUGACAGAAUUGCUGACAGUUUUGUGGCAUUGUUCGCCAGUAUCCACAAAGAUGUCAAAGACAAGUUCAUGUCCGAGUACCCUGACUGUCUGGCUCAGUCAAUCUACGCCACGUACAUGGAGGCAUUUCCUGAAUCUGAAACCAAGUUUGACGACCAGUUCAAGCAGGAGCUUGUCUAUCUCAUACAUGAGUGGGUGACUGGUCUGAAGCCUGUCCCUGGCACAUGGAAGCGGUGGGAUGACAAGCGGCUACAACCUAAAGUAGCUGGAGAUGAGGCAUCAGCCGCAGCUAAACAGAUGAUGCAGGCUGCAGCACUCAACAAGGAAGUUGCUCUCUCCCUGGACAUGGAGUCCUUCAAUAAGGUCAUGGACAAGAUGGGGCAGGAGCAAGGUGUGUCAUCGGGCACCCCGCUGGGCAUGUUAAGGGAGGUAACCAAGGUGACCAAUGCCACCACACAGACAACACUACCUUCAAGCUCCCAGUCUAGACUUCCAUACAGAUCUCCUCCAAAAGAAUCUCAUCAGAUCGGCCCUGGGCCGGAGUAUGAAAGGGUCAAGUUCAACACAAAGGGUCGGAGUCCCCUCAUCUCACACUAUCUUCACAUGAGACAACUACGGCACUACAAGCAGGCUGGCAGGGAGGUUCGCAGGACAGAGAUCUCCAAAGAGCCUCCAUCUGGCCAGACCUACCAGCAGUUGAUCCAUAACACCCUGGCUCUGUCCGACGCCCUCAACAAGGAGUACCAGAGAAUUUGUGAAGAGACAAACAAUGAAAUUUAUGAGCUUGAGAGGAAGAAGCGAGACAUGAAUCGUGAGAUUGACUCUCUGCAGAAGGAGUUGCUGUUCACAAGGAAUCCUCUGGACCUGAAGAUUCUCAGCGAAAGAAUCAUGGAACUAAAGGACCGAGAUCGCAUGACCCCUCUACUGACGACAGACCGAGACACGCCCCAGUUGUCAGAUGACAGCAGCAUCAGUGACGAUGACAGUGUGGAGGAGAAAGAGUAACAUCCACAUGGCAGCAUCACACCUGUGGAUGUACACCCCAUGGGACAUGGUCCUGAAGGAGGAAACAAUCUGUCAUCCAACACUGGACAAUCACGGACAGAGAUGGAAAACUGACCAUCUCAUUACUUGUUGCUUCGAGGUUAUGUGUCAUAGCAACAUUCGGAAGUAAUCUCGGAUCUUUACCUUUGAAAACAAGAAGUGGAAUCCUAAGAAUAUAAAACGUGUCUUGAGUGAUUCCUUCAUGUCAAAAAUAAUCUUUCAGAUUUACAGUCAAAGACAAGUGUGGUUGUUUGCAACGAAAUCUCUGUGAUUGCAAACAUUGGACCUUAACUCCACGGUCAGUUCACAUAUUAGGACAGCAGCUCAAAUAACAAGAGUUUACAAUGACAUCAUAAAAAUAGCCUAUGGACUAAUUAGCUCAUUUGAAGUUUUCCUGGCCUGACAUAUAUAUAGUAAUGCUUUGACAAAGUUAAAUCAAGUUCAGACAAUGGUACAUUCUAUUAAUAUUUUCCAAUGCUAUAUAUCUUUAUCAAUCAAAUCAAGAAAGAAACAUACAUUUUAGAAUAUGUUUAUUAAAAAACAGUGUACAGAGAUCGUGACGUGUCUGUAUAAAGUACAAAUAGUACAAAUAAACAAAUAGUUCAGAAGAUAAAGUUGUUUGCUGUAUAUUCCUCCGACUUCUAUGCUUAAACUGUGAUAUCAUAAUAUGUUUGUGUGUACACGAAAAUAAGUGACAACAAAUAAAUGC